CCAAUUCCACAAUUUUGAAGUCUCCUUCAUCUUAAAGUCUCGUUUCUUCAUCUUGGUUUCGUAACUCAAAUGGAGCUCAUCUUCAUUGAUUCUGCUAACUUAGUAGGUUUCUCAUCAUCAUUUUCCAAAUUUAAUUUCAAUGUCAUAGUCCCGUUAAAUCCAUCAAAAACUUCAAAAUUUCCAUCACAUUUCGUAGUGAGAAUGGGGAAAAAGAAUAGUAAUAAUAAUAACAUUGAGACAUCAAAAGGAUUUCAUCAAAAAGAGUAUUCAAAGGGAAAUCUUUGUAGAAUUCUUAGAACCGAAGCUGCUGUUAAAGGGAUUGAAAAGAAAGCAAAUUCUCAGAAGUUCACUAAUCUCUCUCCCAAAGCUGUUUUGGAAGCUUUAGAUGAUUCUAUUGCAAAUAAUCAGUGGGAAUCUUCUCUUAAGAAAUUCGAACUACUCCGUAGGCAACAGUGGUAUGAACCAAGAACCCAAACUUAUGCAAAGCUGUUGACGAUGCUGGGGAAGUGCAGACAACCUAGGGUUGCUAGCUUGCUUUUCGAAAGGAUGUUAUCUGAAGGACUCAAACCGACAAUUUAUGUUUAUACUUCUCUAGUAGGUGCUUAUGGCCUUGGUGGUCUCUUCGACGAGGCAUUUCAAACCAUUGAUGAGAUGAAAUCUGUUUCUAAUUGCAAACCAAACAUCUAUACAUAUUCAAUACUUAUUAACUGUUGCAUGAAACUCCGGCGCUUUGAUUUAAUUGACGGUAUACUCAGUGAGAUGUCAUACUUGGGAAUUGGCUGCAGUACAGUUACUUACAACACGAUAAUUGAUGGAUAUGGGAAGGCUGAGAUGUUUGAACUUAUGGAGAACGCGCUGACAGAUAUGGUCGAGACUGGUAGAUGCUUGCCGGAUGUUUUCACCUUGAAUUCUGUCGUAUGGGCUUAUGGGAAUGUUGAAAGAAUUGAGGAGAUGGAGCGAUGGUACGAUGAAUUUCAGCAUAUGGGAGUCAGUCCAGACAUAAAGACAUUUAAUAUCCUUAUAAAGUCAUAUGGCAAAGCAGGCAUGCAUGAAAAGAUGGCGGCUGUCAUGGAGUUUAUGGAGAAGAGAUUCUUCUCUCCAACAAUUGUCACUUACAAUGUAGUUAUUGAUAUAUUUGGGAAGGCUAAGAACAUCGAGAAAAUGGAAUAUUUUUUCCAAACAAUGAAGUACAAAGGUGUUAAACCUAAUUCUAUCACCUAUAGUUCCCUGGUUAGUGCGUAUAGUAAAGCAGGGCUUAUAACAAAGAAGAUCGGCACAGUCAUUAAGCAAAUAGAAAAUUCCGAUGUAGUUCUAGAUACACCAUUCUUCAACUGUGUCAUCAGUGCUUUCGGCCAGGCUAGAGAGUACGGUAAAAUGGAAGAAAUGUAUUUGAAAAUGAUCGAGAAUAAAUGCACACCCGAUCAUAUUACCUUUUCUACCAUGAUUCAAGCCUAUCAUUCCCUGGGCAUGGUUCAGGCUGCUCAAGAAUUGGAAAUGAAGGCACUCCAAACAAAAAACAGUUUAGUAUCUUUAUCAAGAACUAGAGCUCAAACACGAGUCUGAGCUUGUUGAAAUAAAAGGAGAUCAAACACGAGGAGUUUGAAACUGAUGGCUGUUCUCACAAGGGGUAAAAUGAAAUUGGAAAAUGGGGUUGUAUGUAAGAAGGUGAAGGUUAGAUGUCUAAUUGUUCGUGUUUUGCUAGAAGAAAAUCCAGCAACUAUACUCUAUCAACUCGAUUUUCUCGACUCAGACAUAUAAAGUAGGUAUGUAUCUAGCUAGUGGGAUUCAUGAGAGCAAGAACAUGAGAAAGAUUUAUGGUUUUGAAGGCGAGGUUAAAUCGAAGUUGAGUGGGGCAUUUGUUGAACUCUUCCCCGAAGUGUUCUGUUCUUUACCCUUAGGACAUGUCUCGAGUGGCAGUGAUUUCAUUGUUUGUGGAUGGUAUUUUAGUGUUGAUGGGAUGAAACUUUCUGACAUUAGGAAAAUUCAUCAGUUUUGUCAACCUGGGGAGGAAGGUUGGACGUUGUCACGCAUUGAGAAAUAUUAUCUCAGUUGGCUUGACAAAGCUCGAUAGGAAGUUAUUAAAUGGCACGUUCCAAAUAAGAUGAAUUGCAUUUACAUGCUCGAGGUGUAUAGAUAUGCAUUUUACAUGUAUUUCCUCAGGCUUGAUGUGUCAACUGCUAUAUAGUGAUCCACAAUCUCUUCCUGCUCAAGGCCCCAGCAAAUGAGGUGUAGGUCUUUCUUUUGGUGAUAACAUCACAACGAGGUUCUUGCAAGAGAACAACUUAGGUGGCUAAUAAAGGUGCUUUUAUAAGGUUUGAAGCCUCUGGUUUGAAGCCAAAUAUCGUUAGUUUCUCUGCUUUGCAGCCGAACCCCACCCCCAUUUCCAUAACCCGAUUAAUCGUUCGAUGAAAAAUCUUUGAUCGUCGAUUAAAAUUAUAACUACAAAUGAAUGCUAAAAUGAAGCGUUGUGCUAGAGAUCUACUUCCAGACCCGCAUGUUGGAAUCAAUUACAACCAAGCAAGUAAUCAAGCAAAGGAAGCCCUAAUCGAUGUGAGCACCGGUGAAGAGCGGAAUCCAAACCCCAUCGUCAUUCAGAUGUAUAUUAGAAGGGGACAAAAAGUUAGUGGUAGUGGUAGAGUUAUAACUGAUAAGAAGAGUAAAAAGAAGAGGUCUACUGAAGUAACUCCUUCUAAUGCUAAAACUCCCCAACCUCGAGUAUGCAACAAAAAUUUGGGUGCACAAAAAAGGGGCUCUACAACCUCCGAUACAGAGAACCGAGAGACAAAGAAACAAAUAGAAGGAGAAGUUGAAGGAAGUGAAGCUGACAAGGGAAAUACUUCUGCAACAAAUAGAAGGAGAAGUUGAAGGAAGUGAAGCUGACAAGGGAAAUACUUCUGCAAGUAAUGAGACUGAAAGAGGAGGAGGAGUACUAAGUAACCUAAAUGGAGAUGAAGAUGAAGAUGAAGAUGAAGAAGAAGAUGAGCAACGACAACAAAGAAGCAAAGAAAAGAAAGUCAUUGAAGAUGAAGAUGAAGGAGAUAAAGAUGAAGAACAAGAAGAUCCACCACAACCAGAAAAACAAGUCAAGGAGAGGAAACUUGCUGUACCUCGGAAGACAAAGCUUCAUAUUCCUCAUGACAUAAUACCUCCUAAAAGGAACGAACCAAUACCUGGUCUUCCUGCAGAUGGAGGAAAGGUGUUGAUAGGUUACGAGGAGUCGUGGGCAAAGAAAAUCUAUGAAACUCCGAAUCAUAGGACUGCAAUCAGAAAUUUGAGGCACCAAAGGGCAGCAGCUUGGGAUUUGAAUAAUGAGGUUGUUGAGGUUCAAGCUAUAGUUCAGAAGUCUGGUUUAUGGAAAGCAAUUAAGUAUUGAAAGCACUGGUCAAGCCGUUGGCCCCAAAAAAGGGUGAUAAAAAGAACCCAUCAAGAACCCGGAGGCCCAAGUGGAGGUGGUGAUGACAAUGAAGGCGGAAGUGGAGAAAAAAGAGGACAUGGAACUACCAAAAGAGGUCGUGGAGGAGGUCGUUAGUGAAGUGAUAAUGUUUACUUAGCAAACUUUAAUGUCCUGAAUGCUAGUUUGUUUGUUUUAAGACUUUAUUUUGUAUUUUCGUUUUGGAUGUUAGUUAUGACUCUGAUGUUUGGGAUGUUAGUUUAUUAUGGUAUUGAGUAGACUUUAACUGAGAUUAUCAUCCUCUUGUUGGUGUUAUUAUGAAUGAAAAGUGUUGGAAUUAUCAA